AUCCAAACAAGCGCUAACGCUUUCGGAGAACCCAAACUCCAAUCUCAGAUCCACCACCGAUCAUGCCUCGAACUGAUCCGCCGCCAUUGGAGAACUCCACGGCAGAUGUGUUAUCACCAACCUUCACGACACUAAGGUCGAAACCGACGAGAGAGAUUUUAAAAUUUCGCCGGCGUACAAGGACGGAAUCUCCUCGGAAAAUUUCCCUUCCCACGGUCUGAGGUUUGGACGGUUGUCUCUGGCGUUGUAGAAAAAUGAUCCAGAAGCAAGGCAAUGACAAGCUUCCCUGGUGCUUGAGGAGGUUUACGGAUUGGAGAUUUCAAGUUCAUAAAAUGGGACGAAAGAGUGGUGGUUCAGAAAAUUGGUGGUUAUUCGUAAUUGUAUACCUAUUUGGAAAUGUUAAAAAAAAAAAUUAUACAAAACAGAAUAUUGCACAAUAUCAUUUCUUUGAAGUACUAUGUUAUGGGUAAUAUUCAAUAUUAUAUU